AUGGAUAAAAAGUUGAGCGUGGCAUUGGCCCGUCGACGUGCCAUGGGCACGCUUCGCACGUUACAGAUUCCAGUAGAUACAAAGACGUCGAGUACGAUAGAUUUUUAUUCGAAUGAUUAUCUUGGGUUUGCGCUCUCGCAGUCGCUAAAAGAUCUUGUAACCACACGUCAAAUGGAGCUUUACAAUCAACAGGGACCACUAUUGGGAGCUACAGGCUCCCGACUUAUUUCAGGCAAUUCACGUCUUUUUUUGCAAGUGGAAAAAGACUUGGCUACAUUUUACAAUAGUGAUGCAGCACUUCUUUUUAACUCGGGAUAUGCUGCGAAUCUCGGUGUUUUGGCUUGUAUUCCACAUUCAGAAGACGUGAUCUUGUACGACGAGCUGGUACAUAAUUCGUGUCAUGAAGGAAUUCGAUUGAGUCGCGCGUACGCCAAUGGUCAUUCAUUUGCUUUCAGACACAAUGAUCUUGAGGACCUCAAGCACAAAAUUGAAAAGUAUAUAGCGAUUUCGACGAGCAAAGACACGCCAAAGGCUUGUGUUUAUGUGGUAGUAGAGUCACUGUACUCGAUGGAUGGAGAUUUUGCUCCGUUGGAUGCGAUGGCAGCACUCUGUGAUCGAAUGGGUGCUUUCCUCAUUGUUGACGAGGCACACAGUACCGGUGUCUAUGGUCCUCAAGGUUCUGGUGUUGUACGUAAGCUGAGGUUGGAGAAGACAUACAAACGCACUAUUGCGUGCCGAGUUUACACUUUUGGCAAGGCCAUGGGUUGCCAUGGUGCCGUAGUUUGCGGCUCCCAGGUGCUGAUUGACUAUCUGGUCAAUUAUGCGCGGUCCUUCAUUUACACCACUGCGUUCCCAAUUGAUCAGCUCGUGACUGUUGCCUGUGUGCACGAAUUCAGCGCCAGCGCUGCAGCCGACGCACUUCGCAGCAAUGUAAUCGAGUUGGUGCAAUACUUUAAGGAGAAGGUUCACAACAAUCCACGUAUUCCUCAAGAUGCAUUACUGGCCAGUGACUCUCCAAUUCAAGGUGUCGUAUUUGCAGGCAAUCACCGUGUCCUAAAGGCGUCACAGCUGAUGAACGCCAUGGGCAUCCGCGUGAUUCCUAUCCGCUCUCCAACAGUACCAAAGGGUGCAGAACGCCUCCGUAUCAUUGUUCAUGCAAACAACACACGUCACGAAGUGGAUCGGCUUGUGACCGCUCUCGCCACCAUGUUUGAAGCCUGCCGCGACUCCAAAUUAUAG